AUGGGCGGUAUUGGAAAGACGGCCUUGGCUCAGCGGCUAUAUAAUGAUGCCGGAGUGAAUAGAUGUUUCAAAAGGAAAGCAUGGGUUUGUGUUUCGGAUGUUUUUGAUGUUUUUGACAUAACCAAGAAUAUUUUCCACUAUAUCACUGGGUUGUCAUGGCAGGACGAAGAUCUUAACGGGCUUCAAGUUAAGUUGAGGGACAAUCUAUCUAGGAAGAAGUUUCUUGUGGUUUUAGACGAUAUCUGGAAUGACAAGUACGAAAGGUGGACUGCCAUCUUGAAGCCAUUUGAAGCAGGGGCUAGGGGAAGCAAGAUCAUUAUCACAACUCGCAACCGUUCUGUUGCUUCCAUAACAAAAACGUUGCCAUAUUGUUUGAAGGAAUUGUCCCCUGAAAAUUGCACAAACUUAUUAGCCUUUCAUGCUCUUGGAGAAAUAAACUUUGAGAGCCACCCGAAAUUUGAAAAAAUAUGCAAGAAAAUAGCUGAAAGAUGUAAAGGUUUACCUUUGGUAGCGAAGAUGUUGGGUGGUGCCCUACGUAGUAUAACAAAUCCUGAUGAAUGGGAAGAUAUCUUAAACAACAUAAUAAGGGAUAAUGCAAUGGUAGAGAAUGAUGAGCAAAGUCAAUUGAGGGUGGGAUAUGCUUUAGCUUUGGGGAGUCUCAGCUGGCAAUUAAUGAAGAUGAUGCAUCUCUUGGAAGAGCUCGUUAUGCAUCAUUCAUCUUGUCAAGAAUUGUAG